AUUAUCACUUAAUUUCUGCUAGAUGACGUAUUCACUAAGCAUUAUGGAUUAUUCUUUGUGUAAGGUGUAUAUAUCCAUAUAUCUAGUGGAAGCUUAUCUUUUUAGUUUCCAUAGUUCUCUAGCCUUUGUCUUGUUUUAGACCUCCAGGCCCAAGUUUCCCACCCUAUUGUAGGUGAUUUGCCCGCCCAUCCCACUGUUAGCUCAAAUCCUUGUUGCUCAAACAGCAUGUUGAAUUUUACAAAUACUCCAUAGACCUGUUUUUAUUAAGAUCAUGUUGAGUCAGGUAAGGUAAAGGGAACAGGAGGGAGGUGUUAAUUUUACAAUGUAGAUAAAGUGUUCUUUUAAACUAAGGCUAGUGUUUAGUGCUUUUUGUACAUAGACAGUUCUUUUACCCCUGCAGGGGUUUCAGGGAAAGUAACCCAACAGCCCCAGCCUGUAGGUUGUAGUCACUGAUCUACAGUCCUAUUGCUUUGCAGAUCAUCUUUGAAAAACCAAAUCUAUUAAACUGUUAGGUUGAGCCAAAUAUAACUGCAGAAUGCUGCUAUUUGACCAAUUUCCACUUUAAAUAAUUCCAUUUAUUAAUGUAACCAAAUAUUGGGACAGUCUGUAUAUAUCAAUAGAUGUUUCUGUGCUGGGACACUUAGGGUAAGACAGACAUAAUAUUUCCAGAGAAAGGGGACGAGGACCGCUAGGGAGAGGAUAUGGUAGGACCCUGAAGGUCCCCCACUCUUGGAGCUCUCAGAGACUGGGCCGCAGGAUGCACCAUGCACUCUAAGCAGGGCUUUUCAGCCUGGGCCGCCGCCUGGCCACGCCCCUCCGCGGCCGCCGUAGCGCGUAGUUGCGCGCGUUGUCCCGCGCUUUCUGUGACGCAGGCGCCGUGGGCUUUUGAGCGCGGAAAAGAAAGUCGGGCAACGCUGGCUCUGCUACAGCUUUGAACCGCUGUGUUCUCAAAGACCGUCCUCGGCCCAACAUGGGGCUGCUGGAGCUGUGCGAACAAGAGUUUGGUACCGCCGACCUGUACCGGGUGCUGGGCGUGCGGCGCGAGGCCUCGGACGGCGAGGUCCGACGCGGCUACCACAAAGUGUCCCUGCAGGUGCACCCAGACCGAGUGGAAGAGGGCGACAAGGAAGACGCCACCCGCCGCUUCCAGAUACUGGGGAGAGUCUAUGCCGUUUUAAGUGACAAGGAGCAGAGAGCGGUGUACGAUGAGCAGGGGACAGUGGACGAAGACUGUGCUGUACUCAACCAAGACCGGGACUGGGAGGCAUACUGGAGGUUACUGUUUAAAAAGAUAACUCUAGAAGACAUUCAAGCUUUUGAAAAGACAUACAAAGGUUCCGAGGAAGAGCUGGCUGAUAUUAAGCAGGCCUAUUUGGAUUUCAAGGGUGAUAUGAAUCAGAUCAUGGAGUCUGUGCUGUGUGUGGAGUAUACAGAGGAACCUCGGAUAAGGAAUAUCAUCCAGCAGGCUAUUGACACUGGAGAGGUCCCGUCCUAUAAUGCCUUUGUCAAAGAAUCAAAACAAAAAAUGAAUGCAAGGAAAAGAAGGGCCCAGGCAGAAGCUAAAGAAGCAGAAAUGUGCAGGAAGGAACUGGGCCUUGAUGAAGGAGUAGAUAACUUGAAAGCGCUCAUUCAGAUGUAUAAUUUUGGUUUCAAGAAGCAGGCUGCACUACCUUUGAGAGGACAGACAAAAAAAGGAGUUUAAUUUGGAACCAGCCCUUCAAAGCUUCAAACUUCUUCAGCUUUCCAGAAUGGUUGGGAGGAAUAAGUAGCCAAAAGCUCUUUUUCCUUCCUAACAUCUGAGAAGCACAGAUGGCCACUCAGCUCCAUUUUGGACCCAGGUUAUCUCCCAGUGGACUUGUGAUGACUGCAAUAAAGAAAAUUUACAUGAAAGUGUGAUCUCAUGAUGCCAAAAGAAAGAAAACAUAAUGCUGGAAAGCAAAUAUGACUGUGGAUGGCUCUACACAGAAGAACUGAAAUAGAUUAUUUCCCUGGCUUUAUAGAGUUUCAGAAAGCUCUUCAUCUAAAAACAAAUUCUGAUCUGUAAUUAGCUUCACCAGCUCAUAUGUUUAGGACAAUUGAAAAACAGAAAACCAAAGCAAGGAAAAUCUGUAACUUCUAAUGAGUAACAUGAGGGAGCAGGGUUUAGAACAAACAGUUGUUAUAUUAUUUAAUAACGUUUUGAUAUUAUAAGACAUUAGAUAUAUCAUCUUCAUCAUUUAAGUGUAUGAUUCACUCGUGUUAAGUAGAUUCACAUUAUCACGCAGAUUUCUGUAACUUGUCUUGCAAAAGUGAAACUCCAAUGGCUCUUUCUUCUCUCCAGCCCUUGACAAUUGCCUUCUGUUUUGUUGCUCUAAUUUCUGACUGCUUCAGAUACUUCAUGUGAAUGGAAUCAUAGUACUUGUCCUUUUGUGAUUGCUUAUUUCACUUACAAUAAAGUCUUUGAGGCUCACCAA